AUGGAGACGAGAAGAGCAGAAGCCCUCUUCAAUGACAUCUGUGGGUUACGGCAAAAUAGAUCAGUCAAGUCAAUGGCAAAAUCAUCAUCAUUGCGAAUAGUCGGCGGAUUGUCUUCUGCAGAGACCGGGGACUGGCCAUGGCAAGCUAGUUUGCAGUACGGUAACAUCCAUCGCUGUGGUGCAACACUCAUCAGCAAUACGUGGCUUGUGUCUGCAGCUCACUGCUUCAGAGACUUGAGUCACCCUGAGAAAUGGACUGCUACUUUUGGAGCUCUUUUGAAGCCACCAAGCUUGAAACGAUCAAUCAAGACUAUUAUUAUUCAUGAAAAUUAUCACUACCCAGAACAUGAUUAUGAUAUUGCACUUGUGCAGCUCUCUAAACGAGUUGAGUUUACGAGUAGCAUUCACCGCGUUUGCCUGCCUGAGCCAUCUCAGAUUUUUCCGUACAAUAUUCAUGCUGUCAUCACAGGCUGGGGAGCACUUACCAAUGACGGUCCAACUCCAAAUGCUCUUCAGGAAGCAACAGUGAAACUUAUCGACUCAAACACUUGCAACAGACAAGAAGUGUACGAUGGAGACAUAACACCCAGGAUGUUGUGUGCUGGAUACUUGGAAGGAGGAGUCGAUGCUUGUCAGGGGGACUCUGGGGGACCACUGGUUACUCCAGACUCUAGACUGAUGUGGUACCUUGUGGGAAUAGUAAGCUGGGGAGACGAAUGUGCCAAACCAAACAAACCUGGAGUUUACACACGAGUGACUUAUUUCCGUGAUUGGAUUACCUCAAAAACUGGCAUCUAA